ACGCCACUCUCGUUUUCCGUCACUUCUCUUUCUUUCCUUUCCACGAUCAUUCGCAGUUGCUACGUUCUCCCUCCCCUCGUUCACGGUUUCUUUCGUCGUCUCUGUUGCUCGCUUUCCUGCCUGCCCGUCUGUCUGUUCCCUUGUGGUGUGUUGUCAGUGGUACACAGUCACAGCACGGCCGGCAGAAGCCAGUAAUAUCGCACCGGCGAAUGGAGAACGCGUUCGCUAAUCGUCGUAAACGAAAGUGCGGGUGUUUCGUCGUUAACCAACAUCCCCGGCUAACUUAUCGCGCGGCUCGUGUUCAAAGAGAAUAAAACGUUACGCGGAUUGAUCAACUUAACAGUGUGAAAAGAAAGUUGUGUAUUCCUCUUUUGGUGUUUUUUUUUUCGUGGUGGUGAAAUAGAAGGAAAUGGAGCGGUUCAGAGUCACGCCGGCCAAUAAUACGUCGCAAUACGCACCGCAGCAACAACAAUCGCUGGACUAUGAUUCGCCUCUGAACGGCACCCAAUUGGAACACCAACAUCUCGUUCCUAAAUCCACCAGCGAAUGCGAUGGCGGCGGCGCUGGUGGAGAUGGCGACUCCAUGGUGGGCGGCGGUAAUUCCGAGAAGAAGAAUACGGAAUACGAGACGAAUCUCUUCCUUUAUAGCGAAGAGAUGGAAGUUCGUCCUCGAAUUUCCACGCUGCUCAACAGCCUGUCGGAUUACAGCAACACGAUUCCAGCUGCGACCGACCCGGAUGCGAAACCUCCACCCGUACAAGGUGGUGCACGAAUGGGCACUUUGAUCGGUGUCUUCCUACCUUGCAUCCAAAACAUCUUUGGUGUGAUUCUAUUCAUUCGUUUGACCUGGGUCGUUGGCACCGCUGGCGCUUUUCAGGGUUUCUUUAUCGUGUUAUGUUGUUGUUGCGUGACGAUGCUGACAGCUAUCAGUAUGAGCGCCAUCGCGACUAAUGGCGUUGUGCCAGCUGGAGGGUCUUAUUUCAUGAUAUCCAGAAGUUUGGGUCCAGAAUUCGGUGGUGCAGUAGGAAUGCUCUUCUACACGGGUACGACUCUAGCUGCUGCCAUGUAUAUCAUCGGUGCUGUUGAAAUUGUUCUGACUUACAUGGCGCCAUCGCUUAGUAUAUUUGGAGACUUUACAAAAGACCCUAACAUCAUGUAUAACAACUUUCGCGUAUACGGUACUGGACUACUCAUGGUAAUGGGCACCAUCGUAUUCAUUGGCGUGAAAUUCGUCAACAAGUUUGCGACGGUCGCUCUUGCUUGUGUCAUCCUCUCUAUCGUGGCUGUCUACGUAGGGUUAUUCUACAACUUUUACGGCAACGAAUCUCUCAAGAUGUGUGUUCUCGGGAGGAGAUUAUUAAAAGAUAUCAACGUACUUACCGAAUGUAAUAAGAAUACUAGUGGAAUUCUUCAUCAACUCUAUUGUGGAAACAGUAGCACUAGCAAAUGUGAUCCUUAUUAUAUGGAAAACGAUGUGACUAUCAUAAAUGGAAUUCGUGGAUUGGCCAGUGGUGUAUUUUUAGACAAUAUAUGGGACAGCUUUCAAGAAGAAGGCCAACUGAUUGCCUAUGGAAGAGAUCCCAAAGAUAUUGACAUGAUGUCCAAUUCUUCCUUCAAUCAAAUUCAAGUCGAUCUUACCACUACCUUCACUAUUCUUAUUGGUAUUUUCUUCCCUUCAGUCACAGGAAUCAUGGCUGGCUCCAAUAGAUCAGGUGACUUAGCAGAUGCCCAGAAAUCUAUUCCUAUUGGUACCAUUUGUGCUAUUUUGACAACCUCAACAGUAUAUCUCUCCAGUGUUUUACUUUUUGCCGGUACAGUGGACAAUCUUCUGCUUCGAGAUAAGUUUGGCCAGAGUAUUGGUGGCAAACUGGUAGUAGCGAAUAUGGCUUGGCCCAAUCAAUGGGUCAUCUUAAUCGGUUCUUUCCUGUCCACUCUUGGUGCUGGACUUCAAUCUUUAACGGGCGCUCCACGAUUACUCCAAGCUAUUGCUAAGGACAGUAUCAUUCCUUUCUUAACUCCAUUCGCCACCAGUUCGAGUCGAGGAGAACCUACAAGGGCUCUAGUGUUGACAGUAAUCAUUUGCCAAUGUGGCAUCCUUCUUGGCAAUGUUGACUAUCUGGCUCCCUUGUUAUCAAUGUUCUUUCUCAUGUGCUAUGGCUUUGUAAAUCUGGCUUGCGCUCUGCAGACUCUUCUCAGAACACCCAACUGGCGACCAAGAUUCAAAUACUAUCAUUGGAGCCUUUCUUUUCUCGGUCUGUCUCUCUGCAUCGCCAUCAUGUUCAUGACAAGCUGGUACUACGCUUUAUUGGCCAUGGGAAUGGCUGGCUGUAUUUACAAAUACAUUGAAUACCGAGGUGCCGAGAAAGAAUGGGGUGACGGUAUUCGUGGUCUGGCUCUAUCAGCCGCUCGUUACUCUCUUUUGAGACUGGAGGAAGGGCCACCUCAUACGAAGAACUGGCGACCACAAAUUCUCAUCUUGGCUAAGCUGACGGAUGAUCUGGUACCCAAGUAUCGCAAAUUAUUCGCAUUUGCUAGUCAAUUGAAGGCUGGAAAAGGUCUGACAAUCUGUGUCAGUUGCAUCGGUGGUGAUUACAUUCAAAACACUGGCAAGACUUUGGCCGCAAAAGUGAAUUUGCGCAAGACGAUCGCAGAGGAAAAAGUGAAAGGAUUCGUAGAUGUCCUAGUGGCUAAGGACGUUGUCGAUGGUCUCUGUUCUUUGAUUCAAACGACCGGAUUAGGCGGCAUGAAGCCUAACACUGUGAUUCUUGGCUGGCCCUAUAGCUGGAAACAGUCACAAGAGGAAAGAAAUUGGAGGGGAUUCUUGCAGACUGUUAGAGCAGUUGCUGCAGCCAGGAUGGCUCUUUUGGUGCCUAAAGGAAUUAACUUCUUCCCUGAUUCAACGGAGAAAGUUGUGGGAAAUAUCGAUGUCUGGUGGAUUGUGCACGAUGGCGGUCUUCUGAUGCUGUUACCAUUCUUGCUCAAGCAACAUCGCACAUGGAAGAAUUGCAAAAUGAGAAUCUUCACAGUUGCUCAGAUGGAGGAUAAUUCUAUUCAGAUGAAGAAGGAUUUGAAGAAAUUCCUGUACGACUUGAGAAUCGAGGCUGAAGUAGAAAUUGUAGAAAUGAUGGAUUCAGAUAUAUCCGCGUAUACUUACGAGCGAACUUUGAUGAUGGAGCAGAGGAACCAGAUGCUGAGAGAGUUGCGACUGAACAAGAAGGAAUCCCUAGGAGUGGUAAGUGAUAAAAUCGCGAAAUCAGUCAACAACCAUAAAAAAAGAAAAGAAAAGGAAAAGAAAAAUAUUUUAUACAUAAUGUUAAAUUUGUUUAUAUAUAUAUAUAUAUAUUUAGUACGUAAAAUAAGAAUUGCUACGGCUACGAUUACUGAUCGGUAUGUGUCUGUUUGUUGCGUGCUCGUCACGGAUAAGGUGCAGUCAUUGGUGGACUUCAACGAGGUGCAGGCGAUUGUGGACCACCACCACAACGUGGACGUGAAGGUGGCCACCAAGGUGAGAUUCCAGGAGCCUGGAAGCCAGAAUCCUAACGCGGUUGACGAGGCGCAAGAGAAAUUGGUACAGGAGACGGAGGGCAAAGAGGGAGAGGCAGGGGAUGCUAAUGACGCUGGGGAAGAAGCUAAAGAGGGCAAUGAGGAGGAAACGAAAUUGAUUGGCGGGUCACCGAAACAGGAGAAUAAGGAGAAUACGGAGAAGGAAGCGAAAGAGAACGAGGAGAAGAAAACUGAUAGCCCGGAGUCUAAGAAACCUACGAUAACACCGGAUGAAGGUAACGUAAGACGUAUGCACACUUCCAUCAAGUUGAACGAAGUGAUCGUGAAGAAGAGCAAAAAUGCUCAGUUAGUCAUACUCAAUCUACCUGGACCACCAAGAGACACCAAACUAGAACGUGAAUCAAAUUAUAUGGAAUUUCUAGAGGUUCUCACCGAGGGUCUUGAGAGGGUGUUGAUGGUACGUGGUGGCGGACGGGAGGUGAUCACUAUCUAUUCGUGAACUAGACCUGCUGUAAAUGAAUUAAUCGCCUCGCGACAGCGGAAAUCUAGUUUACUUUUGAAAGACCUAAACGACUUCACCCUACGGAACACGUUGCUCUUGUGCCAUUGUCUGAGCAGUCACUUGCGUUGCGCGUUGUGAACACACAUUCAUACACAUACACACACAGUACAACCGGUUACCGGAAGAAGAGUAUCGAAUGACGAUCAACGACGCUAUUUUAUCGCGGAUAAAAUCGGGGUACCGACGAGUGCCCGGAUCGAGAAUAUUAGUUAAAGGAAAGAAUAAAGAAGAGGGAGAAAAAAGCUGACUCUGGACGAGAAGGCCAAAAGUGACAUGCCAAAGGAUAAAAUGAUUUUCCUUCGAAUGAAUUUCACGCGUAAACUAGGAUACAUAGGAUCUAUCUUAUUUUACUCGUCCCUUCCCUCGAUGAGGCUAGAGACUAUAUAAAAAAAAAAAAAAAUAUAUAUAUACUUAAAAAGUGGUUUUUAUUCGUGUCACACGUGUUACACGUGCGACAGACAGUUAGCACAGAGGACUGCACACAGAGCAUACUUCGACCUUGUCAUUAUACAAUCGGAUUCUCAAAAAUAAGUGUUUGAAAUAAUAAGAAAAGACAGAGAAAAACAGAAUUACGUCGCAGAGAUAGAGUUUCGAUCUGGGAUUAACAGAAAGAGUAAGAAUCGAAAGAGAAAUACAAAUAGUCGAAUCAAACAAAAGAUUGUUACGUCCCGAGAAUAAAAAGAGAGAGAGAGAGAGAGAAAGAAAUUCAUUUAAGAUUCCGACGAUUGUAUUCCAAUUUGAAACUGAAAUCAAAAUUUUUGGUCCGAGGCUAAGAUCGAAGCAUCUACGAAAACCACUGCCAGAAUACUUUCUAAAUGCUUCGCGUUUAACCAAAGACGCGAGAGGCUCAUUUUUCUACAUACAUUAUCGUUAUAGAGAGUAUAAUAGGUAUGUAUAAUUCUAUUGCUUAUAGGUGAACUUAGGGUAGCCUAGGAUAGCGCGGUGAAGUACGCCGACGAAUGAAGACGCAUGCGCGUGCGCGAUUGGAUCGUGCGCACUGUCUACGUGGCGGAAGUUAGGGCGAACGUUGGCAGCGUUGAACGGUUUUAUGCGGACGCAGCAUUGGAAAUAUGUCUGUAAGAUGGAGAAUGAGGCGAGUUCCCUUUUUUUUUUUGGUAUUCCUUAAAUUUGUGAAACUAAAUAUAUAUUAUCGUGCAAUUAAAGACGCAAAAUUUCCGAAAAAGAAAAACAAAAAAAAAAAAAAAAAAGAUAGUAGAAAAUUAUCGACGUAUAGAAAAAUACGUCACUGCCAAAAGAAAAAAGAAAAUAUUCUUGAAAUUGUUGUUUAGGAUUGUGCGCGAUGAUUGACGGUUAAUAAGAUCGAUGCAGAAAGAAAAGAUUUAGACUUUCGAUUAAAAACAGAGAAUAGUGCUAAGGUAUUCUUGAAAUUACUAAUUUAUAUCACUUAACAUCGAUACAAUAUCAGGAUUCUAAUAGCAAUACAAGUUCACGGUUUACUUAAAAUUACGAAUCCGUAUCACUGCAUCGCUAUGAAACAUAGAUCUACUUACAAUUAAAUGAUUCUAACGCUAAAUGUCCUAAGGAAAGUAUAUAUAUUAUAUAUACCGCGAAAAUCUUUUUCGAGUUACUAAUUCGCAUUCUUCGUAUCGAUAUAAAACGAGGAAUUAGCAAUAGUAGAAAACUAACCAUAGAGUUCGAGUUUCUUAAUGUAUUUACAAAAAAAAAAAAAAAAAAAAUAAUAUCGCGAAAGUCUUGAGACAUUAAUGUAGAUGAUCGAUGUAUAACACCAGAGAUUGAUAGCAUUAGAAUCCAAACUGUAUGAUGAAAUGGAUCUAUUAAUGCAUCGAUAUAAUUUAAAACGUUAGCAACUAAUUGCUACCACAAGUACGCACAGAGCAUCAAUGUGAAAGAAAUUUCUCUUUUCAUUCAUCGUUUUAUAUAUACAAAUAUAUAAUAUAUAUAAGUAUAUAUUCCACUAUACGAAGUCUAAAAAUUCUCAGACGCCUCGACAUUGCGUCCCCAUAAAGGUUCAAGCCGUAGCGUUUACUUCCAACUAGCGCCGCGAACGACGAACAAAGGAAACACGGCGAGAAUCCACGCAUCUCCUACAGGACUGAAGUUCGUUCUUUCCAUUGUAUUUCUCGAUUCUCUUGUGAGUCGAAACCUUCGUCUAGGUUCGCGUUUAUACUGUCCAAGGCCUACCGGUUCGAUUCACCACUCUGAUAAGUUUAUAAUAAAAGGAACGCGUUCGCGUUACUCUCGUCUAACCAUAAUGGCAAUAGCCAUUAAAAAAAAAAAAUAAUCAUCUGCGUAGAGUUACAGAACAAACGGUGAAUGCCAAAAAAAAAAAGAAAAAAAAAAAAACAACAAGAAAAAAAUUACGUCACAUUUUUCGCGAGAAUCCUUAACUGACUUUCAUCGAAGGAUAGUGUGUAGCGUUGUAAUCGGUCGCAUUUAAGUGUCGUGUGCAUGUCACGUUUCAUACACGGCCAUUUCUUUGGCCGUGCCUCAUUUUUAGAUAGGCACUAUUUAAUACAUAUAUACAUAUAAAUAUACUUAUAUAUACAUGACGUAUAGUUUAUCUACAAAAUGGAAGAAAGAAAAAGUUGACGAACAAAAAUCUUUUUAAGAGAAAAAAAAAAAAAAAAAGUGGAAUAUAAUCAUGUUAGAACGAGUAACUUUUACUAUACUCGAUUUACUGUGUCUACUUAAUCGAAAGCUGCGAACGAAUCGCGGUUCUAGAUGAAAUUUAUCGGAACAAAAAAAAAGUUGAGCACUCGACGAACCUUCGCUAUGUGUACUUAGUUGGUCACUAUAUGUAUGGAACUUAUACGACGAUUCUUUUCUUCGUUCGUUACGUUUAAACACUAUACAAAGUGUUUCAAAAAGAUUAGGUUAAGUUUUUUAUUCAUAAUUGAAAUUGAAUGAAAAGCGAGAGUAUUAUAUUGUAAGAAUUUUUUAUUAGUAUGAACAAUGUACUUAAUUUUAUGAUUAUGAUUUAAAAAUGCAUCCUAUCUGUAUCAUUAAUAUAAUCCAUUGUAAUCAUAAAGUCACCAGUGAAAGUGAGAUUAUUUUUUACAACAGAAAAAUAAUUUUUUGAUUAUUUUGACAAAUUAUUUUAUACAAAUUAAUUUUUGAAACACUUUGUACGCAAGUAAAGAUAUUAAUCAUCAAAAAUAAAAAUUAACCGAGAAAUCAAAAUUGCUGCCUAUAUAUAAAACUUACCAAAGAUUCGAAGAAGAAUAUAUUUAAUAAAUAAAAAUAGUCAAAUUGUUUGAAAAUGUCGCGUGAAAAAGUGGAAGACAUUUCUUUAUCUACCUCAUCGCCAUCACGCGUUGAACCAAGUAAAUACGAAAUGAAAGAAACGGUUGGAUUACCAUUGUUUGCAACGAUUACGACGAAGAAAAAGAGACAAAAAGACGAAUCAAAGUCCAAGGCUGGGACAAGAAAAAAAAUGUGUAGGUUCGCGAGAUGCUUCUUCUGUCUCUAUCUAUCGUCCACCAUGUUGCGACAUGUACUUUCUAAUUUUAAUAUGUUACUCACUUGUCGAUUACCAUAUAUUUUAUGUGUACUUGCCUAUUUGAUAGGCAUCGGCACUGCAUAGUUUAUACGAGACAUGUUGACUAUGAGAAAAGUUUAUCGGAAAGGUGAAGAGUGGAAGUCAGAGAAGAAUAAUAAGAGAAGAAAGAAGAGAAUUAUAAAGA